CGCCGUUUGCCGCAAGAAGGGGGGGGAAACGUGGCUGCGAAUGUGUGUGUGUGUGUGUGCGUGUUGGUGACACAGGACAAAAUGAGAUGAGACCCCUCGGACGGGAGCGGCCGCCCGGCUGCGAUCCCUGAUCCCUGCCCGCUGCCUGCCCGCUCCCGCACAGCGCUGCGAUCGCCGCCGGGCACCGGCGCAGCCCCGGCAUCCCCGCCAAGAUGCCACUGACCUGUGCCUCCAGCUCGCCUCGACGCUGCCAUGGCCACGCUAGAGGCGCUGCCCGUCCCGAGUGACCCCACCUACGCCAGCCCGCCGAGCUUCCACGGAUUCGCCGCCCGGCCCCCGCGACCCGCCGGCCCCAGGAGCGCCAUGGGGAGCGUGGGCAGCGGCGUGGCCAACGACCAGGAGUUCGCCAUGAAGAGCGUGGGCACCCGCACGCAGGGCAGCGGCCGCCAGGCCUCCGAGGGCUCCCGCAACGGCUACGCCGCCCGGGAGAUCUCCAACCGCUACUCCGGCGAGGAGAAGACCUACAAGUCGGAGAAAGUCUCCAACUCCCUCUACAUCAACGGCGACCUGCGCAAGGGAGAGAAGGUGAAGGUGGACAUCUGCGGGAACGUGACCGCCAACAACGAGAAGAACCUGCCGCCUCCUCCCCAGUACCGAGAGCCCGGUAACCCACCAAAGAUAUUGCCAAUCUCCGGCAAACUCGACCAGAGCAAUGAGCCCUUAGUUAGACCCUCAGCCUUUAAGCCAGUAGUUCCUAAAAACUUCCAUUCCAUGCAGAACCUCUGCCCGCCGCAGAGCAACGGGAUGACGGAGAACAGGAAGAGCUUGAACCACGCCAACAGCAAUAGCCCGUCCGCCCCCAAAGCUGGGCUCGACAAGGGCAGCCUUAACAGGACUACAAACCAAGGGGGGGGGCUCUCGGAUUCGGGGCGCAACUCCCUAACGAGCCUGCCCACCUACGGGACGGGCUACAGCCAGCACGUGGGGCCCAUGAGCGCCUCCACCAGCCACAUCAACCGCAUCGGCACCACCUACGUGGAGAAGAACAUCGUGGGAUACAACGGGAUAUCUACCUCAGACAGCGGGCGGUCCUCCAGCAAGAGCACCUCCUCCUUCAGCAGGCUGAACCAUCUCAACGAGACCAUGCCUUUCCACUCGCCUUCCACCGACGACAUCAUCCAGGACCUGGAGGACCGGCUGUGGGAGAAGGAGCAGGAGGUCCUCCAGAUGCGGAGGAACCUGGACAAGAGCGAGGCGGCGAUCUUCCAGGUGUUCGAGGAGAAGCAGAAGAUCUGGGAGAGGGAGAUGGAGGACCUGAGGCAGAACUACGCCAACAAGCUGCAGCAGGUCUCCAAGAAGGCGCAGCGGGCUCAGCAGGCUUUGCAGCUCCAAAUUUUCAAGCUCCAGCAGGAGAAAAAAAAACUCCAGGAUGACAUGGGGCAGCUCCUCCAGCAGCGAGAGGAGCUGGAGAAGAAAUUUGUGGCUUUCAAGAAGGAGCAGGCUGAGUUUCUCCCAAAGAUCGAAGAGACCAAGUGGGAGGUGUGCCAGAAGGCAGGCGAGAUCUCCCUGCUCAAGCAGCAGCUGAAGGACUCCCAGGCAGACGUCUCCCAGAAGCUGAACGAGAUCGUGGGGCUGCGCUCGCAGCUCAAGGAAGGCAAGAACUUCCUGCGGGAGAAGGAGGAGCAGAUCCUCACCCUGAAGGACUCCUACAGCUCCAAGAGCGUCAACCUGGAGAUCUGCGAGGGCGAACUGCAGCGCAAGAUGAGCGAGGUGCAGGUGCUGAGGGAAAAGCUGAACCACUGUGAGCUGGAGGUCUCCGGCCUGAAGCGGACGCUUGCCAGCAUGGGACCCCCGGGGCCCUUCGGGGCCGACCUGGGCGAGAAGCUGCGGGACCCGCUGGCCUGCGAGAGCGACGAGGCCAAGAUGCAGCGGCAGAGCGAGGACAGCGUGAACUCCCUGCGGAAGGAGGUGGAGCGGCUCCAGACGGAGCUGAAGCUGGAGCGGCAGCAGCGGGAGCAGCAGGUGAUGGACUUCGAGGAGGAGCGGCGCACGUGGCAGGAGGAGAAGGAGAAGGUCAUCAAGUACCAGAAGCAGCUGCAGCUGAACUACGUGGAGAUGUACCAGAAGAACCAGCUCCUGGAGCACAAGGUGAACGAGAUGAGCACCAAGGCCACCAGCCCCCCGCACACCGAGGAGAAAAAGACGUGGACGCCCUCCAGGCUCGAGCGAAUAGAGUCCACCGAGAUCUGAGGGGGGGCCACCGCCACGACACAAUGAGAUUUUUUUGUUGCUGUGCAUGUACUACCUACUCAAGCCAGUGAUCUUCCGAAGGAUAACGCGCUACCGCCGGGGCUGGGGGAGCCUGCUCUGCUCCCAGCCGAGCUCCACCACCCUUGCUCUCCACUUCUGUGCUCUGUAGGUAAAAUAACUGUGGACGUGCGUUGGUUUUCUAUCGAUGACGCGACAUCUCUUUUGGGUUUUCUUUCCUAGUACAGCUGGUGAGAGUCAGUUGGCUCUUUCGUUAUCUGCUGUGACUGUUACUCCACUGGAGGCUGCCACCCCCUCCCCUACGAAUCACCCCUCCUCAGUCAGUUGUUUUGGAGGGUUGCAUUCGGUCUCUUUGGUUUUCCGAGCGUUUUCGCGCAGCGAAACAGUUCGAAGUGGCAGGUUGGUUGGUUUGUUUGGGUUUUCUUUUUUUCUUUUAAUUAUUAUUUUUCCGGGAUGUUUUUAGCCACAUUGGCUAACGGAGCAAAGCUCUCGGGAUGAGGAGCAAACUCACUGUUCUGCAUCAAGCACCCUGUUCCAGACGAUGGUCUUAGUGAAAUCAGUGUGAGGUUGGCCACUGAUUUCAGUGAAACCAGACACAUCUCUGCCAGACGACUCCCUCUUGCCAGCCCAUGGCUACCAUGGUUGCAAGAGGUUAGGACAUCCUUGAGGAGCAGGAUGAGCCUGUCCUGGUAACAGAAGCCAACAAGGAAUGAUCUCCCAGCAGGAGCCUCUCUGGGGGCUCAGCAGAGCUGCGUUUUCAUUUCCUUGUGGUUUCCUCCUGCGGUUCCACUCCUCUCCCGGGUUGUGUCUGACCCUGGGAGCAGAAAUUCCCUCCCACCUCUGCCUUGGUCCCCUUACUCUUACUGUACAGCCAAGCUGGCUACAGCAAGAAAAAGGCUUGGAAAUCCAAGCUGAUUUCCCUUCCCAAGAGCCCUCUUACUUCCCAAAGUCAAUGGGAUCAAGGUUUGGGGAAGCCUCCAAACCUGUGGGAUGUUUAUGCAAACUGAAGCUUUAGCAAUUUGCCCCAAUACUGGGCAGUUGUGCCACCCUGUCCCCGAAGGAGUGAUGCUUCGGGGCACUCUCUUGGUCCAGGGCCUACCUAAAAACAGCAUCCAAGCCUCACUCAGGAGCUGCAGGGGGCACAUCCUAGCUGGAUUCCAACGGGGCGAGCAUCAGCCUUCAGUACAGCCAUUCCAAACAGCACCCAUGGCCAUCCCACGCGGGCAUCACGCAUUCCAGGGAUGGAGAUAACGCAGGCCUAGCUUAAGAAAACACUCAGCUACUAAUCCUGAGCAUGAAUUCAGUCCUUAAGGAGGGAAAAAUGCUUAAGAUCACGCAAGUGCUUAUGCCCUGGCAGAACAAUAACCAAAUCCUACGUGCACAGUCACUGAGGCAGCAGAACCCGGCUCUCGGCUUGAAAACGUGGGCAAAGUGGGCUCAGUUCUCCCUUUCAUGGACCAUUUUUUUACCGUGAUUUACAGUAAAGAGAAGGAAAAUGUUUCAAAGUGGAGUUUGCACAGACUGGGCAGUGGCCCAAGGAUCAAAAGGAGCAGGGAAUUUGGGCUCUUUGUCCUAGGGAGAAGACAGAAGAACAAAGCUAGAAUUAGCACUGGACACCUGGGAAUGUCUGUUGGGUGACUCCAGAUCACAUUCCACGUGCACAAGAAGGAAGUACCUCAGGCUGUUGAGGGGCUGAAGACCUUCCAAGCAAAAGCCCUUGAACCUGCACAUUUUCCAUGCUCCCUUUCUGAAAAGCUCCCCUCUUCAUCACCGGGUCUGACCUUCAGUUUGGGAGCAAACGUUGCUGUGGUGAGCUCCAGACUGAGCAAAGAGAGAGAGGAGACUGCAGUUAGUCCCACCAACCACGGCCAUCAGGCAGUGCUCCUGAUGGCCAGGAGCUGUUGGUGGCUGGCAGAGAUCCCUGGAACCUCUAGAAAAUGGAGAUGUGCAAUGAGACCAGGGCAUUUCAAGACCCCAGUUGAUGGUUCCUGUCUUCUCCCACCACUUCUGCCCGUUGCCUUUGGAGCUGGAGGAAGACACAACUCAUCAGUCUGAAAAACACAGGGGCAGCUCAGGCUAAGCCCCUCUCCCAGGACCAGCCAUAAAAAGGGAGUUAGGUUGGGUCUGAGUCCCAGUGGGUGUGGAAAAGAGUCCAAGAGGGACUGAGCUUCCAGCUCUGCUGUUGAGGAUGUUCACAUCACAAUUCCCUGCUGCGUUAACACUCAGGAGCAACCGGCACUGGCAUCACCCUGUGGGACACCUUCUCUCCAGAGCUGCUUCCCAAUCCAUGGGCAGGAGAAGCAGGGGCUUGUGUGGCCUCCCCACAGACCUGGGCCCAGCCCCCAGCAGUCAGCCAGGUCCUCCAGUGUGCCAGGUUUUCCCCAUUGUCUCUUUUUGCUCGAUCUUUUUUUGCAGUGGUACCAGGAAUGAGUGUCUUGAGGGAUCCAGUGAAACCUGGAGGUAACACGGGGGUGCUGGACUGCCCAGGGGCUCGAUGGCCUCACAGUGCAUCCAUCAGGAACUGCUUGGGAUGGAGCAGGAGCAGCAACGAGAGGUUUUUCACCUUGGAGGAGGAAAGGCCCACUCCUUUCACGUUCUUCUUUGCUGCAUCACUUCAAUCAACAGUUUCGACCCAGAUCUGAGGGACCUCAAUUUGUGGACGUUCCCUGGAUGACAGAGCCUUGCAGACACCCAUUAAGAGACUCUGCUGCUGGUGGUGGUUUUCCCUCUCUUGGGAUUCACCCAGGAGUCCCCCAAGCACUCCAGCAGAAACCCUGUGCUCUGGUGACAUAAAAUACAGAUGGUUUUGGCAAGUUCCCCAGCCAAACUGCCCCAAAAGGAUUCCUGGGCUUCGGGAUUCCUCCCCACAACUGGAUGCACUGCUCCCCAUCUCGUCCUCUCCCCUGUGCCAGCCCUCUGCUCAGCAGAGAUGGAGCAAAACGAUGGUGGGACACCUGGAUUCCUGUUGUUCGUGCCCAGGUGGGAGCUCACCUGGCUCCUCCCAGCUUUCACACGCUGACUGGAUGAAGUCUCCCAUCCCAAACUAGGUCUGUGUUGAGGCUCUGGGGUCUCAGCCUUGGGGUAAAAUAGCCAAGGGGUGCCAGACUGGCGUUUUGGUGACACGUCCUGGGAGUGGCCGAGGAGGCUGGCAUCGUCUCUUGGAGACUCAGGCAGGGCUGAUAAAAGGUUUCUGUCCCAUGAAACUCCACACAGAGUGUGGGCCUGACCACAACCCAGCUGUCUCCUCCACCUUGGAGCUAAUGGAAUUCGGCUCCCAGUGACAUCCUGGCUCGUGUGUAAUUCUCCAAGUCCUGCCCCCAAAGUCAUCUCUAACUUGCCACUGGCCACCGCCACGAGCUGCGGCCACGAGGGUCUCAGGUCACUUGCCCCACAGAGGGGAUCCACAGACAUUAGAGAUGCUCUGGGACACCUGACACAGGGGGCUGGGCAAUAUGAUCCAAGAUUGGAAUGGGCUGCCCAGGGAGGUGGUGGAGUCACCGUCCCUGGAGGUGUUUAAGAACAGGCUGGACGUGGGCACUCGGUGCCAUGGUCUGGGUGACAGGGUGGUGCUGGGUCACUUGCUGAUCCCAGAGGUCUUUUCCAACCCAGUUGAUUCUGUGAUCCUUGGGAGAGCCAGGCCAGUGGUGGAGCAGCUCUGGUGUCACACCACCCACUCACACACACAGCCAAGUCACACUCCAGGCACAUCCACAGGGCAAACAGAGGACACUGCUCAGCUCCAGAGACUUCCAUCCACGAGGGUGGGGGCUAAGCAGGCUGUCCUGGUGACAGGGAAGGUCUCACUCCUUGCUGUGAGCAGCUUUGCUCCACCACCAUUCCCAGGAUGUCAGAGCCAGGCUGUGCUUAUUCCAGCACUCCCAUCUCACCCCGAGGGUGAAACCACAGCCAUGGCACGUUGUUGUGCCUCACACAGUCCCACUGAGCUUCUGCCACCGUCUCACAGCACCAUUCCUGCUGUCGCUGGCGCCGUGCCGGGGGGAGAUCCCUCACCUCCGGGUUUCCACGCUCCAGAGGGGAAUCCCAGUGUUGCUCUUGGCGCUGCUACGUCACACAGAGGGAAGUGUUCUUGGGUGUAAAUCACAGCCCAGCUCUGUAUGUUCAGUGAUUAAAUGGAGACCAGAAGGCUCUGUGGCUUCUCUCUGGGUGAGUGGGACCACACCAUGCAGUGUUCACGUGGAGGGUGCUCAGCACUGGGUGGCAGUGGGAAUCAGAGGCUCAGCCCCUCCCAGAAAAGCAAUCCCCUCAGGACUGACUCCAGCAGCCUGGUAUCACUCUGUCCUGCUUUGUUGCUGUCACCCUGUGCCAGGAUUUGCUGUUGUCCCCUGGUUAAAGCUGAAGUCCCCUCUGCCCAUGUUGUGUCACACAGACAGUGGCUCCCAGUGGUGUCCCCAUGGAGCUCUGCCCAUGGAAAAGACCAUCCUGCCCCAUUCCUGCCCUUUCCAGUGGCACUUUAUAGCUUGUUCACGAGCAACAUGACCAAAGAUCUCUGGAGGGCGUUGGACUGCAAGCUUGGAGCUGUGUCCCAGCUUUCCUGGGGAGAGAUGGGCUGGAAGAGGGGAAUGAGAGCUGGGAGAGGACAGGAGAGGGUGUGGAUUUCCCUGUGUCCCACCUGGGAAUGUCUGCAGGUCCAUGAGGGGCCUUUCCUGUGCUAGACAGGACAGGAUAGAAAGGAGUUGGUCACACCAGUAUCCUCCACGGCCACACCACGCAGCUCCAUGCAUUGCCCAGGGAGAAUGUGGACCAGGGACUGUUCCCUGGAGGAGGAUGGAUGCAAUUCCCUUAUUUCCAUGGGAAGAAGGGAGGUGCAUGCCCAGCCACAGGUGUCCUCUAGUGACAGGUUUCCUCUAGCUUAGAAGCAGACAAUGCUACAGGGUCCAGUCAAGGACUCGUUCUGGAUCAGUGGGAAUGGUGUUCAGGCGGGUCUGGGCACUGGACAGAUGCCUUGUCACCAUGUCUCUGCCCCCCAGCUGUGGUCAGCCUUUUCCAGCCCAUUCCUGGGAUGGGAGAGGGUCCAACCACCGUUAAUUUAACCCAGCCCUUCAUCCUAAGCCUUGAAACCCCUUGAUAAGAGUUACUGUCCAUCAAAACCCCUCGCUAAAGAUCUUCUCAUGCGCUGCCUGUGCCCUGCUGCUCCUCUGCCCCAGCUCUCCAGACUCCUUUUAGAUCCUCCCCAUCCCACUGGAGCAACCAGUGACUCUCCCAGAACUCUCCCAGGUACAUCUGAAAGUGGAGCUGGAGCCCACAGCCCCCACUGAGAGUGACACAUCCCAACCCUGCUCCUCAGAGGAGCUUUCCAAGACUGCUGGUUUCCAGACCUCUCCUCUCCAUCAUUCCCGUGGCAGCUCCAUCAGUCCUGCUUUACCUCCAAGAGCAACUUGGCUUCCUGCUGGAGGAUAUUCCCAGGAGAUCCUUGCACGGGGCUUCACACCAUCCCAACACCCCCCCACCCCCCACCAGCUCUGGGGCUCCCUGUUCCUUCCACCCUCUGGAAAAGCAGGGCUGUGAGGGGCCCUAGAGGUCUGUAGGGGCAACACAGGACCUCCCCUAGUCUAUUGAGGGGUUGGGAUCUCACCCAGCUGUUUGCAGAUAUUGGUUUCCCAAUAGGAUGCUCCACCAGAAACAAUUUUCAGGAUAAUCCUCCUCCCUGCUUCUCCUGCUUAAGGGGAUCGUGUCAGGUCUGGAGCCUGGGACAGGGUUGUGCCCUCACAGCUCUUUCACAGAUCUGUUUUCUCUGUCAGAAAGUCUCUGCUUUCUGUCCCAAAGCAAUAGCUUUUUUCUAGGGAGAUUUCAAAGGGACUCUUCCCAACUCUGAUACCUGCAGGGAAGCCAAUAUUCCCUUGAAUACCUUCACAGCUCCAGCCCUGGGCUCUCCUCCUCCAGAAAGGGAUGGGAGGUCCAGCCUGGCUCCAAACAACCACCAGUCUGAGCUUGGUGGUCCCAUUCAGCCCAGAGCUGCCCUUACCUAGUGGGCCACCAGCCUGGGCCCCCAGGAGGUGUCAUCCAUCCCCUCCUGGUCCCAUCCCAUGGCUGUCCCUGCAGGUUUUCUCCACGUGGGAGCCACUGGGGUGUCUGAGCUCGGAGAGCCACAACCAGACACCAGUGGGAGACUGUGGCUCUGCCAUUCCCGAGAGCCAGGCUGCCCUCCCUGGGGGAGAAGGUCCCUUUCCCUCCAGAGGUGACUGAAAGGAGCAGAACACCCCCAGGCAGAGCUCCAGCACCGGUGCCGGAGCGUCCCAGCACCGGUGCCACACAAUGCUGCACACACACCGUGUCUAUGCAGUCCCUUUCCAGGCAGGGGGGGUCCCUGCAGAGCCCACCCCAGGGCCAGGGCUCCUCCAAGGUGUCUUUGUUUGCACUCCCUGGGACCUGGAAUCGCUGUGAGCCGAGGGCAGCCCCUCUCGGCCUGUGCCGCGCUCGGCAGGGUCCCUCGUCCUAAACGCGUCGCCGAGUCGCCCGUGUCCUGCGUCUGUCCUCCAGCAGAUCCAUAGCUGUCCUCCCUGAUCCCCAGAUCCCCAAAUCCCAGCCCCCAGGUCGGGCCUGAGCGAGCCUGCUGUCCCACUUCACCAGCAAUAACAGCCGGGGCCCCCCGGCCCCGCUCGGCCGCCGGGCUGUGUCCCUGCAGGACCUCCUGCAUCCAACCCUUUGUCCAAUUCCAGGCUUCCCCCACUGUAAAUUCGACCCCAGCCUCGUGCUCUCCACCCUCCUGUUGGUUUCUCUCUGCUCUGACUGUGAACUCAAACCAGAAGUGUUCUGAACUCGACUCCGUCACUGUUCUGUUUCUGCGUCGACUGUUGCUGGUUCUCCGAACUGCGUUUGAUGAGACUUUGCAAAAAAAAAAAAAAAAAAAAUCUAAAAAAAAAAAAUCUAAAAAAAAAAACCUUAAAAAAAUAUAUAUAUAUAUAUAUAUAUACUUUAAAAAAAUAAUAAAAAUAUUUAAAAAAGAACUCCAUAAAGUUGGGUGUCUCUCCUGUCCACUGGUCACUUCCGAAACACCGUUGUCUCGACUUUGCCUCUGGGUUUAUAAAUGUAUUUAAAAGACAAGAAGUUGGGGGGGAAAAAAAAAAAAACCAAAAAGAAAAAAAAAGAAAAAAAAGAAGUAACACGCAGCAUUCCGGGAUUUUUGUACAGCAAAAGGUGUAUCUGUUUUGGAAAUUCUUGUUAAAACUCUUACCACACUUCCCAGUUUCCUGCUGGUCUGUUGUUUGUCUCCAUUGGGUUUAUCCAGAUGUGAAGAGCUACUGCCUUUGCCAUUUUCUACGGUGAAUAUAUAAAUAUAUCUGUACAGAGGUAUGUAUAUAUAUAAAUAGACAUGCAGAUCUAUAUGUAUACGUAUCUCCAGCUCUCCUCUCUCUACCUGACUGUGAAGGAUUUUUAUUGGGCAAAAUAAAAAAUGGAGAAAGGCCCCGUUUUAAAAA